AUGGUGGACUGGCCAAAACCGCUAGAAGCUGAAUUGUGCCCAUUGAAGGCUGAGUUUGACUGUUUAGCAAACGCAUUCCCUGUCUGGGCUGAGUUAGCUAAUGUUGAGAAAGGAUUCGUCUGGGCUGAGUUAGGUAAUGUGGAAAAAGGAUUCGUCUGGGCUGAUUGGCUAAUGUUGAAAAAGGAUUUGUCUGGGCACUAUUUGAACCAAAAGGAAAGGAGCUUUGAACAGCGGGAAAACUUGAAUUACCCGUUAAGAAAAGAUAAUGAUGCUAAACACAGAAGAAAACAGCGAUUCGAAGGCACUCAGACCCAAAUCGAAACAGUCAUCGAUCACGGAGCGGUACUAGGAAAGAUAAACAAACAGAGAACAAAGCAUAUACCUUCCGUGCUGAAAAUUUCUGCAGAGAUCCUUUUUAGGAGGCAUGGUUUUAGGGUUUAUAGGGGGUUUUCACUCAAAUUGAAUGUAUAUAUCUGCUGGUUAUUGAAUUUGGGAUCGAAUAGUGAAACCGAGGAUAAAGAGCGAACGGUGGCGCGUCGCAGAGACGCUAACCAAAGGUGGCGUUUGGAGAUAUACAUCGGAGGUUUGGGAUCGAGCGUGCAGGAAGAUGACCUGAAGAAGACAUUCACCUCGCCGCAGCUCGGUUCUGUUCAGUCCGUUGAGAUUAUUCGCUCCAAAGGCCGGAGCUUCGGGUACUUGGAGUACGCUCCCGCCUCCGACAAAGGCCUGGCCAAGCUUUUCAGCACGUAUAAUGGGUGCAUGUGGAAAGGGGGGAGGCUCAAACUUGAGAAGGCCAAAGAAGACUAUCUUUCUCGUUUAAGACGUGAAUGGACUGAAGAUGCGGAGCUUGAAAUGAAAUCUUCUAACCGGAUUGAGAAUGACAGCGCUCCUGCACGGCAAAAUCCUAAAGUAGACCAAGAUAUUAACAAAUUACAGCUCAAUAUAUUUUUCCCCAAGCUGAGGAAGCAUUGUGGGCCUCUCCAGUUGGCAAAAAGAAAUACUACAGAUCAUCACGAGACAAGAAAUAUUGGUGAUAAACAUGAGAUGGACGCUUAUGGGGUGAAUGAGGACGAGCUCAACAUGAUGAAAUCAAUAUUGGGCAAGCUUUUGGAGGAUGAAGACAACUCAAAGUCAGUUUUUAAUGAAGCUAAACCCAGUAAGGAGAUAAACAAGAACACCGAUUUGGCUGAUGAUAAUUUGCCUGCUGAUAAAGUUGAUGAGGAAGAACUAGAGAGUGAUGAGGACAGUAUUGUAAUUAACAUUGUGGGCCGACCAAGUAAAAAGAGGGUCGCUUCAUUUGAGGAUUGGGGCCAGAGAACAACCCCUACCAAUCAGGAUUCCCUGUCAAGAGAGUUUGAAACUUCUAGUAAAGUUACUUCCACAAAACUUGGAAGUAGUAACAAGGAAAAACCUCUUCCAGACAAGAAGAGAAAGCAACCCGUUCAUGAUAUUACACCUUCUAAAAAGAAGUCAAAGAAAGAAAGUCCACUUGGCAGCACAGAUAAUCCAAUCAGUGUAAACACACAGCCAACAGAGACGAAAUCUGCUUCAACACAGUUAAGUUCCGAUGCCCCCCAUCCACGUAAGUCAGCAUGGAGAGACCUGACGAGCAACAAGGAAAAUACUGCUUUCUGCAUCUCAGACAUUUUGUCGAACCCUAAUCCCGAACCCGAACCAAGAUCCGAUCCUCUGCCCCAGGCACCACCCCACUCAAAUGAAGAUCUUGGGCAUGAAGACCAAUCAAAUGAAGAUGAUAGAGAUAUGUCAGAACUCACUAAUGCUCAAUUGGCAAAGCCAAGUGGAAAGUCUGAGGAUAAAUAUGCUAGGGGUCCUUUCUGGCGGCAAAAGUCAUCCUGGUUACAACUGAUUGCUGACACAAAUAAAAGCGCAUUCAAUAUUUCGCAAAUUUUGCCUGGCGCGAAUUUUGAAAAACCGGAGGUCAUAAAAUCAGGUAACAAUGAUUUUUCAAAUUUGAGGAUUGGAAUUGAAGACAGUGAAAAAUCCCAUGUAGGAGCUAAUGAGGGCUCUCAGUCUCACGUAAAUCAAACUGUGGAUGUUCUGAUUGAAAAAAAGGAUUUUGAGUUAAAGUCGAUAGUGGAAGAGAAGGAUGAGGCUUCUGUUCCAGAGCAUGUUAGUAGUAACCUGUUACAGAGUAGUCGAGUUGUACCAGAGAUUGUCAUAAGCGAGACGUGUCCUUUUAUGAGAAGUGAUGCCUCCAUGAAAGAGUGGGCCAAGACUAAGGCUGCUGUAAGUGGAUCACUUAAGAAAGACGGUAAGGGAAAGAAACGUGCUCGGGGCUAGAAAAAGGAUUAGAAAAUGACCAAAUCGUUAAAGGAAGGAACGUUAUAGCCUGGGAAAAACUUGAUGAUUGGUGCUUGCUUGAGUGAAUUCUUGAUUUUAUUGGGAGUUGAUGGUUUUAUCAGUCAUCACAUAUCCGGAGGGAUUAAGGUUGGUUUUGUUUUCUUUAUUUUAAUUUUUUCCUUCUCCAUUUCACUUGUUAGUAGUUCUUUCUAUUUGAACGGAAAAAUAUGGGCAGAUCAUGCAAGUGUACGAGGAAAAAGUAAAUUUAUUUAUUUGGGUAUGCAUUUUAUUUCUUUUCAUGAUUUUGAAAUUUCUAUACAGUUGACUAAUGUGCUUCUCCUCAGUAGAGUUCUAUUUGGG